AAGGACGUCGCCGCGCGCCUCUGGCGGGAAGCUCGAGCCGUGAGGCGCCUCAGGGCCCGCGGCCGCCGCUCGCUCCCCCCAGCUCCCGGCGCUGCUCUGAGGCGGCAACAAACGAUUUGUUACCAUGGUUUCGAAACGGAAAUUGUCAAAACCUGAUGUUUCUGGAGAGAACUCAAAACCAGACUUGCUAAAAACAAAGAAGUCACGGGCUUCUGAUAAGGAAAAGGCCUCUGCCCAAGGUGGACUGGAGAGUGAGGGAGUAUUUGAAGAGCUCCUUAGAACAUCGGGAAUUAUACUGAAAGCUGGGGAAGGGCAGAAUGAAAUAGCUGUAGAUCAGAUGGCUUUCCAGAAGAAGCUCCGCCUGACCCUAGAGAAGCACCCGUCUUACCCAGGUGUUGUGAAGCAGUUUAUCAGUGGAUUGGAGUCUCACAUCAGGGACAGAAACCAGUUCAAGAACUGCCUUUUGCCAUGUGCUCCCGUACGGACCGAGGGGUCAAGGACUUUGGUGCACUCGUAUUGUGAAAGCCUCAUAAAACUGCUUCUUGGAAUUAAUAUCUUACAGCCUGCUGUCACAACGCUGUUGUUGGAAAAGAUCCCUGAAUUCUUUUUUGAUGUUGUGGGUACAUUUGGAACAAAUUUUCCCCGGCUCAUUGUCAACCAGUUUAAGUGGCUUGAUAGUCUUCUUGACAGCCAGGAUCUCGUCAAGAAGUUAAUGCAGAUGCUUAGUGUGUCUCCUGUACCAAUUCAGCAUGAUAUUAUCACCAGUUUACCUGAGAUCCUGGAGGAUUCCCAGCAAAGUGAAGUUGCCAGAGAGCUUGGCUGCUUACUAAAAGAGGGCAGACGGCUGACGGUUCCGAUUCUGGAUGCUCUUUCUCGUUUGGAUCUUGAUGCGGAACUCCUUGCUGAGGUGCAGCAGUCUGCCAUGACCAUUGUACCUUCUGUAAAACUGGAAGAUUUGCCUGUGGUGGUAAAAUUCAUCCUCCAUAACGUCAAGGCUGCUAAUGCAGUAGAGGUGAUUUCUGAUCUUCGUCAGAGCUUGGAUCUGUCAUCAUGUGUUCUGCCACUUCAGAUCCUAGGGUCCCAGAAGAAGCUUAAAAGCCAAGUUCAAACCAGUUCUUCCACGAGCCAAGUAACCACCAGCCAGAAUUGUGUGAAGCUACUUUUUGAUGUGAUAAAGCUAGCUGUAAGAUUUCAGAAAGAUGUCUCUGAAGCUUGGAUUAAGGCUAUUGAGAACACCACAUCUGUGUCUGACCAUAAGGUUCUGGAUCUGAUAGUUUUGCUGCUAAUCCAUUCUACCAACACCAAGAACAGGAAGCAAGCUGAGAAGGUACUGAGGAGCAAAAUUCGGCUGGGCUGCAUGCCAGAGCAGCUGAUGCAGAAUGCCUUCCAGAAUCAUUCAAUGGUUAUCAGAGACUUCUUCCCUUCAAUCCUAGUACUUGCUCAGACAUUUCUGCAUGCUGCACACCCAGCCAUAGUCUCCUUUGGCAGCUGCAUGUACAAACAAGCUUUUGCAGUCUUUGACUCUUACUGCCAGCAGGAGGUUGUGAGUGCUUUGGUGACUCAUGUGUGCAGUGGAAACGAAGCAGAAUUGGAUAUUGCUCUGGAUGUUCUCACUGAUUUGGUGAUUGUGCACACAUCCCUGCUGAUGCGCUAUGCCACCUUUGUGAAGACCAUUUUAGACUCUACACAGAAACUGAAUCCGUGCCAGAUCCGGAAGCUUUUCUACAUUCUCAGCACAUUAGCAUUCAGCCAGAGGCAGGAGGGAAGCUAUAUUCAGGAUGAUAUGCACAUGGUGAUCAGGAAAUGGCUCUCCAGCACUGUUCCCAACCACAAACAAAUGGGGAUUAUUGGUGCCGUUACCAUGAUAGGCAGUGUGGCAUUGAAAAGAAAUGAAGGAGAUGGUGGUUUAUUGGAGAGACCUGAGCCGAACUUCGAGCGUGAUGGACAGCUUUCUACAUUGCUGGACCUUGUAGGCUUCUGCUGUGAGCAAACACCGGAAGUCUUGGCACUCUACUACGAUGAACUUGCCAAUUUGAUUGAGAAGCAGAAGGGAAAUUUGGACCUGCAGCUCCUGGAGGAGUUUGGGAAGAGUCUGGUGGAGGACUUUCCCAGUGACUUUGUGGUGGAUCUCAGCCCCACAGUGGCCGGUUCGUUCUUGUUCCCGGUGAAGUCCUUGUAUAAUCUCGAUGAAGAUGAAAGUCAGGGAGCAAUUGCUAUUAACCUCUUACCUUUGGUGUCACAGAGUGAGCUUGGCAGGGUCACUGAUGGAAUGAAUAACCCAAGUAAGAGGGUAGUGUCACCAAUAUGUCUAUCACCCUCUUUCCGACUGCUCAGGCUCUACACUGGAGAGCAAAGCAAUGGAAGCCUGGAGGAGAUUGAUGCCUUAUUAGGUUGCCCCCUGUACCUGACUGAUCUGGAAGUUGAAGGGAAGAUAGACUCUCUUUCCAAGCAGGAACGGGAAUUUCUGUGCUCACUUCUCUUCUAUGCGCUCAACUGGUUUCGUGAGGUUGUAAAUGCUUUCUGCCAGCAACAGGACGCUGAGAUGAAGGGGAAGGUUUUGACUCGAAUACAGAACAUCACAGAGCUGCAGAAUGUGCUAGGAAAAUGCUUGGCAGCAACCCCUGGCUAUGUCCCACCACCAGCUACUUUUGAUUCUGAAGCCAUGGAGGGAGUACCAUCCGUUAACGGUGUUGGUCCCAUGAGAAAAAAAAAUGGAAGGAAGAAAAAGUCUGAUGGCAGCAAAGCCAGCUUUGCAGACCGUUCUCAAGCAGAUGAAAGCUCCGAGGGAAACCAGCCUGAUAAUGAGCUCUCUGAGCUGGAGAAGACUGCUGCUGAGAGAGAGGCAGGGAACCCUCUGGCACAGCUGCAGAGUUAUCGCCCCUACUUCCGAGAACUAGACCUGGAGGUGUUCACUGUACUCCACUGUGGGCUGCUGACAAAGUCUAUCCUGGACACAGAGAUGCAUACAGAGGCUAGUGAAAUUGUGCAGCUGGGGCCUGCUGAACUCUACUUCCUCCUGGAGGACCUGUGCUGGAAGCUGGAACAUGUGCUGACUCCAGGCUCCACAAGGAGAGUGCCCUUCUUAAAGGAAAGAGGCUACAAGGAUAUUGGCUUUACCCACCUGCGUCAGAGAUCCCCUAAGGAAGUUGCUGUGUGUGUCGUCAAGCUACUAAAGCCACUGUGUAAUCACAUGGAGAACAUGCACAAUUACUUCCAGGCAGUUACACAAAAUCAGGGUGUGGUAGGCGAACCAGGAGUGAACAUCCAGGAGCACCAGAUGAUGUCCUCUUGUUACCAACAGCUGCUACUAACUUUUCGCUUGCUAUUUGCUUGGAAUGGUUUUUCUCAGCAUGAGAAUACUGACUUGCUAAGGUCAGCUCUCCAGGUAGUUGCAGACAGGCUAAAGCCAGGAGAGACGGAAUUUCUUCUUCUUGAGGAGCUGAUAAGCGAGAGUUUCCAGUACCUACUGAAUUUCCAGCAGAGCGUUCCCAGCUUCCAGUGUGCAUUCAUCCUCACUCAGCUCCUGAUUGCCAUCUCUGAGAAACCAAUGGCUGGCUGGAAGAAAGAGAAAAUGGCUUUGCUGGCAAAGCAGUUCCUCUGCCGGUCCUGGGUGAAACCCAGUGGGGACCAAGAGAAGGGCAGCCAGUUCAACAGUGCGCUGCAUACUCUGCUCUGUGUCUACCUAGAGCACACAGAUAACAUCUUGAAAGCUAUAGAAGAAAUCUCCAGUGUUGGUGUUCCUGAAUUGAUCAACUCUGCCAAAGAUGGAUGUUCUUCUACAUAUCCUACACUGAGCAGGUAA